GAAAAACACUAACCAAGUUGGCGCAGUUUGAAUUUGAGAUCGCGACGGUUAACGUCUACAACGUGCGCGCGGGCCAAAGUGUGGUGAAGAUCAGUUGCGCGGAUCACUCGAUGAUCCAAUCCCGGGCAAUAGUCAAUAUCUCAAGUCUUUCCAUUCAAUCAUCGUAUGCACCUGAUCGUGAAUCUGAUUCAAGGAGAAUCGCAACUUAAUAUAUUUUUCGUCUUACAACUAAUGCGAAACGCCUUUUUAAAAGAUUUACGGUAAUAGGGCGUUUGGGAUCGCGACAUUGCGAUCAUGAUCUUCUAUUGGUUACCGUUUAAUUGACUUGUCGUUAUAACAAUUGAUGAUUGACGUGAUCGGUUAAUAAUCAUUUUUACGGGCGGCCUAAACGUUUUUGGUUGUUUGAUUUUUCUUUCUUAAUAAUGAUCUUGUCAUUUAGAUAAUGAUCGAGAAAGAGAAAGCGGUUGCUUUUAAAAUUUAUCUUCGACAAAAUUAAUUUUAAGUUAUAUUGGCCAUCACAUAGCGACGUCCUAAAAUUGUUUAUAAGGAAAAUUUACUUCUCAGUCUUUUUGAAAGUAACCGACAUUGACCGUGUGUGUAGUCUGCAGACGGAACUGGUUCGAAUAAAGAAGAAAAAACAGAACACAGAAAAAAAUUGCUCAACACGACCACAACGUACAACAUACAACAAAAUGGGACAUCAUACGCGACAAUUGUUCGCGACAUUAACUUUAGUUCUAUUUAUUUUUAAGAACACCAACUGUGAAGGCCCACAUGUUGACUCAGCAUCUCUCCCGCUAGAACACAGAGCCGUUUACGGUCCACCGGCUGCCGCACCUGUUUACGGAGCACCUCCAGCACUCUUAGGAUCUGGUGCUAGCAAUGAUGUUGCCGAUGACCCAUGGCCACUAUCUACAUCAAACGACAGUCCUCAAAUUAAAAACCUCCAGGUGCAAUGCGAGAAGACGCAUAUGCGUGUCAAUAUUGAAUUCGAUAGACCCUUCUAUGGUAUGAUCUUCUCGAAAGGAUUCUACAGUGAUUCGCACUGUGUUCACUUGAAACCGGGAACAGGACAUUUGAGUGCUACAUUCGAAAUCUUUUUGAAUAGUUGCGGUAUGUCGAGCUCAGCGAACCACAAUGCUGUUGCAGGAUAUGGUGCUCCAACUCCAUCUGGAAGCUACGUAGAAAAUACCAUUAUCAUUCAAUACGAUCCUUAUGUACAAGAAGUGUGGGAUCAAGCCAGGAAGCUCAGAUGCACAUGGUAUGACUUUUAUGAAAAGGCUGUUACAUUCCGACCAUUCCAAGUUGAUAUGUUGCAUGCUGUCACUGCCAACUUCUUGGGUGAUAACUUACAAUGCUGGAUGCAAAUUCAAGUAGGCAAAGGUCCAUGGGCUUCAGAAGUCUCAGGUAUUGUGAAGAUCGGUCAAACUAUGACUAUGGUACUUGCCAUCAAGGACGAUGAAAACAAAUUCGACAUGCUUGUAAGAAAUUGCGUUGCUCAUGAUGGAAAACGCGCUCCAAUUCAACUUGUAGACCAACAUGGAUGCGUUGUAAGGCCGAAGAUCAUGAGCAAAUUCCAAAAGAUCAAAAACUUCGGACCAUCUGCCUCAGUCGUAUCAUUCGCCUAUUUCCAAGCUUUCAAAUUCCCAGAUUCCAUGAAUGUUCACUUCCAAUGCGUUAUUCAAGUUUGCAGGUACAAUUGCCCAGAACCUAAAUGCGCCCACGGACUCGGAAUCGGUGCUGAGUAUGGACCACCUCAUGUUGGAAACACAAUCUCAUCCGAAUAUGGUGCUCCAACAUUAGGAGCUUUAGGUGGAGACUACGGUGGCGGCGCAGAAUAUCCUCCAGCUUUCCCAGAUCCACGUCAUCCAGCUGAUGCUACCGGUGCCUACUCUGAAAACCAAGCUGAUGUUGUCCCAUCCCCACAAGCACAAACAUCAUCUGGAACCACAUCAGACAACAUUGGUGCCAGCUCACCAUCGCCCAAGAUCUCCAGCCAAGGACCCAACGACAUCAAUUUACCUCCACCACCACCACCAGGUCACUCAGGAUACAGCACUGUUAAGAGGAAAGACGACCUUGACGGAGGCAACCUUGUUUCACUGGGAGGACGACCACGAUCAGUCGAAGGUCUCGAUGACCUCCGAGGAGUUCGAAGACGUCGCGAAACCAUGGACCUUGUAGUCAAACCAAGGAUCUACAAGCGUGAUACACAAGAAAUGACUGACGUCAACACGAGUCGAACCAUUCAGGUUGUGGCCCCGGGAGACGUUAACUUUGCCCUUAAUAGCAAUAGUAACAACGAAACUGUUGUGAUUCAAUCUGCCCGAUCAGUAGAUUCCGAAACGAUUUGCAUGUCGGUUCCCAGCUUUGUUGGGGGUCUUGUCAUGCUCUUACUAGUCCUUGCAAUUGCUUCCCUAGUAGCUGCUUUCCUAUUUGUUCGAGUGCGACAUUUCGAUCGAAAAGGAACCACCAUGGCCUACGUAAACUAAAACGUUGUAUUUUAGUGUAUUGUACGAACUGAUUUAAAUUUUAAUAUGCAAAGAAACCAAAAUUUAUCGAAAAACAAACAAAAUGGAACUGUACAGGAUGAUUUUAUAAUGCAAGCAGGUUUGAACGGAGAAUGUUUGUAAUUAUCAAUUUUAAGCCAAAUGAUAGACACCCUAAUUGUCUCGAGCACGACAUACAGAUAAAAGUAUACGAAAUUGUCUCUCAUUUUUACUGUAUCGCUGUCCCAACACGCAUUAUAUUCAUAUCCUGAGAACAUAACGCCUGCUUUUACGUAAGAUUUGUUGUUGUUUUUGACUAGCAACGUAUUCACUAAAAUUCUUAAAAACAACCACAAAUUACGAUAGAUUACACAAUUCACGGAGUAUCCAUUUUGUUGUUAUUGCAACGAAGAGAAAAAUCAGUUUCCUUUCAUCGCAACCUCCUUAUCAUUGCUUUAUUUAUUGUUAUUUAUUUUUAUAUAUCUACGUUUUAAAAUUCCACUUCAUCCUAACUUCUUACAUCACGUCUAAUAUAGUAAAAAGAUGUCUUAAAAAUAAUUAUUAAUUAUAUUUACGUUUGUGUGUUAUUUCAAUUUAUUUUUUAUGACUUUUGUGAAUCACUUUGAAACAGGAAUUUUAAAAAUUAAAUGGAUUACAAAGGAAUACGUUUUUAUGCGAGUCAUAUUGUAGGGACAGCCAGUAACCCAAGCUGCAUUGUCUCUAGUGGGGUUUUUUUGUAACUGAAAAUAAGGGAAAGUUAAUAGAUGGACGUAAAUGAUUGAUAUGUCGAGUAAAUUAAGAGAACACGUACUAAAUUUGAUUGUAAAUAUUUAAAAAGUAUUGUUAUAUUUUGUAAUAAUAUUUGUCCAAAAUAAAGAAAAUUAUAA